GCAACUAACCAAUGACGUCACUUCCCAGUUAAACGUGGCUGCCUUGCGAGCGAACGAAGGAGUGGCUUAGCGAUCUGUCAAAUUAAGUGAUAUCUUUGUGAAAAUUAAUGACUCGUCGCAUUGAUUAAGUUGUUGCCGUGUGCUUAUAAUCGAUUACUCAUCGUGCAGUAGGUCUGUCAGACACGAAAAAUGUCGUCUUCGGGUGAUUUCGGAAACCCGUUGCGUAAAUUCAAGCUUGUCUUUCUCGGUGAACAGAGCGUUGGAAAAACGUCUCUUAUCACACGGUUUAUGUAUGACAGCUUUGACAACACUUAUCAGGCUACAAUAGGUAUAGAUUUUUUAAGCAAAACUAUGUAUCUGGAGGAUAGAACUGUAAGAUUACAGCUAUGGGACACUGCGGGUCAAGAGCGGUUUAGAUCUUUGAUACCUAGUUACAUCAGAGAUUCGACGGUAGCAGUUGUUGUAUAUGAUAUUACUAAUCCAAAUUCUUUUCAUCAAACAUCAAAGUGGAUUGAUGAUGUACGGACUGAAAGAGGAAGUGAUGUAAUUAUUAUGUUAGUGGGUAAUAAGACAGAUUUGAGUGAUAAAAGGCAGGUAUCAAUGGAAGAAGGUGAACGAAAAGCUAAAGAAUUAAAUGUAAUGUUUAUUGAAACUAGUGCUAAAGCUGGAUAUAAUGUGAAGCAGCUAUUUAGAAGAGUAGCAGCAGCUUUACCAGGCAUGGAUUCCACUGAAAAUAAACCUCCUGAAGACAUGCAAGAAGUAGUUCUCAAGGAUACACCAAUUGAACUGAAAGCAUCGGAGAGCAGUUGUGCAUGUUAAGCCACCGAUCAGCCUAACGGUAGAUAAGACACUGAUUUAAGUUAAAUUAUAAAUUAAACUCUCAAUGCUAGGACAGUGACCUACAGUCCGUGUCUUUUCCACAAUUUACAACGUGAAAAGUAUCAGCACUGUAUUAGAUAGCUAUAAUUUCUUUUUCCUUCAUGAAAAAUAAAUAUCACACGGUAGUUUAAGCGGACUGCUUUUACACAAUAACGUGUUUAUAUGUAUUAGUAAGUUACAGCAUCAACAUAAUCUAAAUUAUUUAAUCUCGCAAAUUGCAUUGGAGCUGCUUGCUUUUUAAUAUGUCAAUGGCUAAUGGAUUGUCAUUCUAGAUAGUGCUAUGAUCCUCUUUUUUUGACUGUAAAAUAAACAUUUUCAUAAGAAACAUUUUAUUUAUCGCGUGUACUUAUUACAAGUAAUGAGACUUUCUGUGUUUUGCAUUCUAAAGAAAAGAAACAACAUCGACCGAGAUACUAGUCCUAUGCAUGAUCAGUGCUGCAACUGCAUGAUAUGGUGCACUUAUAUAUAUUUAUAGUCAUGUAUAUAUAUAAGUUGCGACGAAAUAAACCGUCAGAUUACGGAAAUACGUGAAAUUACGUGUUGCGUAAAUGCAGUCAAAAUAUUAGUCAGCUAUAAUUCUUUAUUCAUUCGAACUGAUCGUAAAUACGAGCAAUAAGAAUUUUGUACGUUUAUUAAAAUUAAAUUCGAAUCGGUACACUAAAGAAGAGAACUUGUACGAAAUGUACCUGCGUGCGUGCUAAUAACAUAG